CUCCCAGGCUGCUGGGCAAAUGCUAACACCUUAGCACAGCGCUGUGGCGAAACAUGUCGUCGUUUAUAGGUGUUUUACGCGAGUCGAAUGGCCGGGCGGAGUCACCGGCCAAGUUGUUCGCCAGGAUGAAGUCGAGAGUCCAAAAGGAAGCUCUGGGUCGAGGCCACGGAGGGAACUUCAGCGACGAGCCCCAAGUGAAUGUCCUGUCCUCCACGGUCGUAGCCGAAGCGAUUACAUUGUCGCCGAUAUCAAGUCCAACGCGACCCUCGGUGGAACCGGACUUCACCGGGUUUGAUGUGCCUGCGUUCGUCUCCGGACUCUGCAGUCCGCGGAACCGCAAAACGAGAGAGACCGGACAGAGUCGCGCGGACGUCUUCUCGCCCGCGAGGACGAGGAAGCGGAAGUUGGCCGCCAGCACCGAACGUGCGUUGAACGAUGCUGCCAGUCCACCGAAGGAGAGGAGAACCCAACCCAGAUGCGAAGCCAUCCAGGAGAUGCAACACCCAACGACACAUGGUCUCAGACAGAGUGCUGCAGACCAUCAGACCCUGAUGUCGCCCGUCAAGGCUCUGGCUUAUUUACAACAGAAGGACAGUCGGAUUAGACAAGACCUUCUGAAAAGGAGCGGCGGCAAAGCUCUCAGACCGGUGGAUAAAGGUCUCCUCCCCCCAGCCAGAGGUUUGACACCAUCCAAAGUGGACCCCAGUUCAUCAGACGGUGAGGUCACGCAGACCGUCAGCCCUUCGUUACCAGAGUCACCUGAAGAGUCGCCACAAGAAGUGCUCGUGUUCGAGGACCCGCUGUUGGUGAACUCGCCAAAGUUGGAGAUCCCAAAGAAAAACAAGCCGUUGAUAUGGAAGGACAAGUCGCUGAGCACCACCUUCCCCGGCCAGAAGAGCGAGAUCCACUUGACCAAAUGGUUUCCUCGGCGGAAACACCAGGGGCUGUUCGUGGACGGGCUGAGAAGAGAAGACAACUCUCCCUGGAACAGCAACAUCAUCGUGGAGAGGAUCUCCAACUCUGUGGUGAAGACGGUCAGCGGGACGGUGUACAUCCUGUGUGGCAAAAUGGUGACCAACAGAAAGAGUGAUUUCCCACGCUGGUUUCUCAAGAACUUCUCUGCUGGAUUCCCUCCACACUGGCAGGAGCUGCUGGACAAGUUGCUCGCUGAAGGCGAUCGGACCGAUGGGAAGAGUCAGCCCUCCAACCCGUCGAAAGCUGUGGUCAAAAAGAAACCUGUCAAGUCGAGCAGGUCGAAGCCCCUGUCGUCACCUGCUGACUCGGACACGCCCUCGUCUGCCUCCUCCAGAGUGUCCCGCAGCGGGCGCGUCCUCAAGGCGCCGCUGGAGUACUGGAAGGGUGGCCGUGUGACCGUGGACGCGCAGAUGAACGUGACCAUCUACGAAUGCUACGACACAUCUGUGGUCAACACGAACACGUCCCCAGAAACGGGUCACCAGUCCAAGACGCUUCUGCCCUCUGACCAAGGAAAGAGAAACAGUGGCUCAGGCAGUGACCAUGGUGCGUCGGUUCAAUGCAGAGCAGCGCCAGCGCGACGGCGCCGCAAAGCGGUGUCGGACACGCUCGACAAACAGUCCAGCUCCGAGGAGGGGCCUCGCAGGCUUCGAGGCAGGCAGCGGUCCAGAGACGCGCAGCCCCAGGGAGAGCCUGAAGGCCAAGGGUCCAAAAGACCAACAAGGGGUGGCAGGAAAGCUCAGACAACGCUGAGACAAAGGACCCAGAUCACAUCGUCCACAGAGGACGAGGCGACGGAUGAGUCGUUCAAGCAGAGCUUUGUCGACAGGAAGAAGAUGCCUGCAAAAGGUGCGGCGAAGAGACCAGCGAGUCGAAGGGAAACAAAUGCAAAGGGAGCAACAGAUAAACCACAAACAAAAACAACACACACCAUCAAGAAGCCACAAGUUAACAAAAGCACGCCGCCGCUGGAAGACGUGGAAGCCUGGACGGAGGCUGAAAUGCAGAGACUCCACCAGGCUGUGUCCAGUCUGCCCAAACAUGUUCCAGGCUACUGGCAGAAGGUGGCCACCAUGGUGGACAGUCGCACCGCAGAGGAAUGUCACCACAAGUGCACCGCGUUCAGCAAGGCACCAAGUUCCGUCGCCAGACCAAAGAGAAGCGCAAAGAAGAAGGUGGAGCCAGCCAAGGAGAAUGGUCAGGUGCUCAUCACAGCCAGGGCCGGAACGUUACGGAGGAAGCAGCAGGUGCGUCAGUUCCUGGAGAACAUGCAGACAGAAAACACGGACGACGUGUUCAGCUGCGACUUCAUGCAGAAGAAGAAAUUCAAGCUCCCCUCCAUGUCCCACACCAGUGAACCGGACUUCAACCUGAAUGACUUGGAGCCCAUGACGCCCAAAUCCAAUGACUACAGGGAAGCAAAGACGCCUCAGUGUCAGCACCUCACGCCAGGAAUGUUUGGGUCCCCCGGCAGGAACCUGAAUGACCAGUACGUGUUUCAGCUCCAGAAGAGGAUGAAGAAGAACCAGUUUGAUGCCCGCAAGCCGUCCGCCAAGAGCUACACGCCAAUGCCAGACAAACAGAUGAGAAGAUGUGGCAACACAGAAAACGACACCUUCGUCGUCUGGGAGAUGUUCCCUGAGAAAGACUGCCCUCAGGCGGACAGCAGCUCACAGGAGGACCUCUACUUUGACAGCGACUGAGAGGAAGCCCAUCAAAAAUGUAUUUUGAGUUUUAGCAUUCAUCGACCUGCUCAUUCCCAGGACCAUUGUAAUAAAGUUACGAUUCACCUGCAGAAGAUGGUCUACAAAGUUUGUUCUGUAAAUGUUUGGACUGAGA